CACUAAAUUCUCUUUUUUUGCCCACCUUAUUUCUCCCACUUUCUUUUUUUUUUUUAGAUUUUAGAUUUUGCGGUGAGCCUCUCUUUCCUGAUCCCCCAACCCCCCUUUCUUAUUGUACCAAAUCCUCCCGAAUUAGGGUUUGCAUCUUUGAACUGCGAAAUCAUGGGAGGAGGCAACGCCCAGAAAUCCAAGACUGCUCGCGAAAGAAACUUGGAGAAGAACAAAGCUGCCAAAGGAAGCCAACUGGAUGCGAAUAAAAAAGCCAUGACUAUUCAGUGCAAGGUGUGUAUGCAGACAUUCAUAUGCACCACUUCAGAGGUAAAAUGCCGUGAGCAUGCUGAAGCAAAGCAUCCGAAGCAUGCCGUUGAUGCUUGUUUCCCACACCUCAAGAAAUGACCCAUGCUGUUCUAUAUCAUGCCAAGUUUAUGUAAUGCGUAUGAUAAUUUAAGUCGUUGGUUGAUCUUUGUCAUGCCAAAUUCAUGUAAUGUUUAUCAAUCAAAUUGUAGCGUUUAAAAUUCUUCCAAGUACAUUUGUCUUCAAGUGAUGGGUUUGUUAAAUGUGAACCUUUGUGCUUAAUAUGACAAUGCAAUUGGAUACUGUGUGAUAAUUUAUCUUGAAUAUGUUGCAGGCUUAAAUCUGCUGAAA